AUGCGGUCCCCAUCGGCCUUGCAUGCGCAGGGCCAGAAGCUCUAUCAAAAAGGGGACUUCAAGGCGGCCAUCUCGGCGUUUACAGAGGCCUUGAAGCAAAAGGAUGCCGACACCGUGGGUAUUUUGGAUAACCGAGCCGCAACAUACUGUAAGCUGGAGCAGUAUGACCAGGCACGCCGAGAUGCAAAACAUAUGAUUAAACAGGCCAAAGAGGAUGAACGAGGUUAUUUGCGAUGCGCCAAAGUUCUCCUACUUGAGGCUAAACCGGAGAAGGCAUUGGAGAUUUAUGCGUAUGGUCUCAAAGUGCUUUCAAGUGCACACCCUCGUCGCGAUAUUAUGGAACAACUGCAUAAAAAGCUCGAAGACCGAAUGAAAUUGAAUAGGAAAGAUCCCUUCACAAUGCUUCCCCUGGAGAUGGCAGCACUGGUCAUCGAGUACUUCUCAUUUAAGGACAUUGUGGGUAUUCUUCGGGUCUGUAAAAGUUGGGAGCGAUUUUUCGGCAACAUGCGAGAGCUCUGGAUGAAGAUAGAUCUGACCGGUGCUCGCCAAAAAGUGCCAUGGACCGCUGUGAGAGCGUACAUCCGUCGCUCCCGGGGAUUGCUCACCCAUGCCACAUUCAAGAACCUCGCUUUGCCGUCGACGCCAAAAAGUAUCGAGUUCCUCAGCAGAUGUCCGCGUCUGGAGCAUCUCGAGCUCUGGGUCAACCACGACUUUAAGGACAUCUUCCAAAAAUUCAAGGGCUGCAAGUCUUUGAAAAACAUCAUCUUAUCGGCAGAGAUUUCCGUGCCGCAUAGCUGUCUAGAAAAGCUUUUGACCCAAUUCCCGAAACUCGAACGCAUUGAAUUGUGGAGCGUGAAGCAUUCUCUUCUCACUAUUGGCGAGGGCAACUGGCCGCGAAGCCUGCCCAACCUCAGAAGCAUCACUCUGGCCACCCAGCAAGCAGUAUCAACUGCCCCUCCAACCGCCCUUGUCAUCCCGAAUCUCGAUCAUGUAAGCCCUAACAUCCUCCCCGGGGACUCAUCGCCGAUCCUGAAUACUGACGACCUAGCGAAGAGUCUCACUGAUAUUCCGAACUAUCCAAGCCUACAAGAGCUACGCUUGGAUUGGGAGCCUCCAGUAUAUAGGCCUUGGUUAUUUUUUCCUCCGUUACAGGAGGAGGAAAAUGAAAUACCGCCACCCCCGGUUCAAUUCCCACCACUCCGACGCCUCGAAUUAAACGGCUUGACGAUUGGCAGCAACUUCUGCUCAAUUUUGCCAACUACAAUUCAAUACCUCAGCCUCAAAGGGGGCUCAUCAAGAUCAACUGCCGAUUUCUUCGACACCCAAAGGCUUGAGAAGCUCAGUACCCUCAUGCUGAAAGACGCCGGCUGGGUAAAUGUGAACACAGCGACCUUCAUGAUCUGUGGCACCCAAGCACCUCUCCGAGUCUUGCAUAUCGAUGAAUGCUUUAAUUUGUCGGAUGGAUGUUUCAUGGAGGUGCUGCGAUAUGCAAGCGAACAUAACCCGGAAAUUUUCAAUUUGACUGAGCUGAGCCUUGUACAAAUGCAAGGCUUUGACGACGCUUUCAUGAAGCGUGUCUGUGUACAGUUUCCGAAGCUCAAGGUUUUAAAUCUUUCGAAGACCCGGAUUACGGGCUGCACUAUCCGCGAUCUCGCGGAUGCGAGAUCAAACGAGUCUUCCGAGCUACCAAGCUUGGACCGCCUUUUUGUCCGUGGCUGCGAGAGUGUCUCCUCUGAUGCGAUCGCCUAUGGUCGUGAACGUGGGCUAGAAGUCAUUAGUUAA